AUGAGGGAUGUCUUAGGAAUUACCAAUGAUUUGUCACAUGCACUACAAAAGAAAGAUCAGAACAUUGUGAAUGCCAUGAGACUAGUUGAUCUCUCAAAAAAGAGAUUGCAAAUGAUGAGAGAUAAUGGGUGGGAAGCUCUUUUACACGAAGUUUCACUCUUUUGCAACAAGCAUUCAAUUCUCAUACCUAAUAUGGAUGAAGUUUAUGUAGUUCCAGGAAGACCUCGCCGUAAAACUGAAGAAAGGACUCAUCUUCAUAGGUACCGUGUUGAAAGCUUUUAUGUGGUUUUAGAUCUACAACUUCAGGAGCUAAACAACCGUUUCAAUGAGAAGAAUACAGAGUUGCUUUUAUGUGUGGCAUGUUUUGAUCCAAAGAAUUCAUUUGCUAGGUUUGAUAAAGAUAAAUUGGUUCGAUUGACACAGUUCUAUCCAAAUGAUUUUUCUAGUAUUGAACUUCAAGUACUAGAUACCCAACUGCAAACUUAUUUUAUUGAUGUAACUUCUGAUCCUGCUUUCUCUACAUUGGAUGGUAUUGAUGAAUUAGCUCAAAAAAUGGUGGAAACGGAAAGACAUUUGGACUAUACGUUGGUGUAUUUGCUUCUAAAGUUAUCUUUGAUCCUAUCGGUUGCAACUGCUAGUGUGGAAAGAGCAUUUUCUGCUAUGAAGUUAAUCAAGACAUCUUUACGCAACAGGAUGAGCGAUGAUUUAUUAAAUGAUUGCUUAGUGUCGUAUGUUGAAAAAGAUAUUUUUGAUCAAGUUUCAAAUGAAGCAGUUCUACAACGAUUUCAAAAUAUGAAAGAGCGUAGAGGAAUAUUAUCCCGUAGUUCAUCAUAA